AUGGUGUUGAGAUGGCUGGCCGUCGUCUGCUUGGUGGCAUUCGUCGCAGGAGGACUCCCGACGUCGCAGGCCGGAGCUACGCGCGCGAAAGCCGCGGUGCCCCUGCGCAAGCAGUACAUAGUGCACCUGGCGGCGGUGCCGCCGGUGCUCAACUACCGCGGCGGCGUGGCGGGGCUGGCGGCGACCGCGCCGGAGCUAGACGACAACGACCCCGAGAGCAGCCCCACUGAUGCGGAUGACGACGAUAGCGCUCCGGUCGAUGGUUCAGGUGGCGGUUCAGGUGGCAGUUCAGGUGGCGCUUCAGGUGGCGGUUCGGGUGGCGGUGCGGAUGGCGGUUCAACUGGCGGGUCGGGUGACUCAGGUGGAAAUUCAGGUGAAAUUCCUGCGGGGGGUGCAGGAACCGGAGCAGGAGGAGGCGGCGGGGGAACGGAUUCAACUGAGGUUCCUUCUCCAAGUGAUGCUACAGCUGGCGGCGCUUCCACCGGCGGCGCUACAGCUGGCGACAGCAGCGCUACAAACAUCACGCUGGCAGCCGCGACGCUUCAAGGGCUCAGUGCGGCCCGACUCGCCACCGUUAGCAGCACAUCCGCUGUGCCCCCUCGCUUCGGUACAAUCACGAAAGCGAUACGGCGGCUUGCGGAUCGAAUCAAGCGGCGCGCGGACGUGCGGCGGGCGAAUGUGAAAGCAUUCGUAAACUUUCUGCGAGAUUCGCAGCGGCAAUUUUUGCGAAAGAAUAACAUCUCGCCGUCGCGGAUGUUCCAGAGCUACACGUAUACGGUUAACGGGUUCGCUGUAUCGCUGACGGCCGCGGAAGCGCAACGGCUGAAGCAGCAUCCUGCCGUGUCUUGGAUCGUUCGCGCGCUCACUGUAGACUCGCCGACUUUCUUGAAGUUGCCGACCAGCCUGUGGGCUGAAAACGGGGGGCAGAGCCGCGCGGGCGAGGAUGUGAUUAUAGGCGUGAUUGAUUCGGGAAUCUGGCCGGAACACCCUUCUUUUGCGAACACGCCUGCAGACCCCUACGGUCCGGUCCCGGACCGCUGGUUCGGCGGGUGCGCAGAAACGGCGGACUUCCCAGCCUCGCUCUGCAACGGCAAACUCAUUGGUGCAAAGUUCUUCAACAGUGGGUUCCGCAAGUCCGGGCAGAGCGUGGAUCCAAUCAACGACUUUUCAUCUGCCCGAGAUGGCGACGGGCACGGCACAUGGUGUUCGGGAGCGGCAGCGGGCAAUGGCAACAUCAGCGUGGUGAUGGGCGGCCGCAACUACGGCACAGCGAGCGGCGUUGCUCCUCGCGCGCGCGUGGCCAUGUACAAGGCGCUCUGGGUCGUCAAGGGCGGCGGUGCUUCGGGCACCAACGCUGAUAUCCGCGCUGCUGUUGACACCGCUGUUGCUGAUGGAGUGGAUGUGCUGUCUCUCUCAUUGGGGGGAUCAGUGCCCCAGUAUUUUUCAGACAUUCCCUAUAUGAAUGCUGCCAAGGCGGGGGUGUUUGUGGCGCUAGCAGCAGGUAACGCGGGGCCGCCCUCCCCCAUGCGCGUGCUGGGAACGCUCAGCAACGCAGCUCCUUGGUACCUGACUGUUGGUGCAACCACUAUUGGUCGGCAGUACUAUGCAACGCUGAGUCUUGGGAACGGGGUGGAGUUGAAGGGAGUGAGCUUUGGAGGCACGGCACAGACGGUCAAUAAAGUGCUGCUGCCGGCUGCUGCUGCUGUCAGGCCUGGCGCCUCUGCUUCUGAUGCCGCUCUAUGUGACAUCACGGCUAUCGACAAAUCCAAGCUGGCUGGUCGGAUCAUCGUGUGCACGUUCCAACCGUCAGCCUCCAGACCUGCAGGAAUCCCCAUCAACACACUCGCAGCCUACAAGGCAGCAGCGCUUGUCAUCAUUAGCGGCUCGCCCCAGACAGACAGUAUGCCCAUGCUCCCUUUCACCGACCUGCCCCUCCUGUACCUGACCAACGCUGUGGGCGGGCAGCUGAAAAAUUACCUGCAGCAGACGGCCAAUCCCGUGGCGACACUUGGCGAAUACACCACCACAAAUUCCUCCAACGCUCCCCAAAUGGCCUUUUUUUCAUCCACCGGACCAACUAUCAACCCGUCCCUCUUCCCGAUCCCGUCUUUCCUCCCAACCAACGACAUCUUAAAGCCGGACAUCGUAGGUCCGGGUUUCCAGCUCUGGUCGUCGUACCGAGGCAAGAGCGCAGCUUCGGCAGCCACCGACCCUCCCACAUUCAACUGCAUUUCUGGUACCUCCAUGGCUACUCCACAUCUUGCCGGCAUCGCGGCGUUAUUAAUCCAGAAGAAUCCAGGCUGGACCCCCGCCCAGGUGAUGUCAGCAAUGAUGACUACAGCAUCUACAGUAAACAACGCCGGCCAGCCAAUCAAACGCGCAAACGGGGACGUUGCCACCCCGUGGGAUUACGGCUCGGGACAGGUGGACCCAUCGAGAAUCUUAAACCCCGGGUUGACUCUUACUUCAGGGUUUAACGAUUAUGUGAAUUUUCUCGCGAGCCGGAAUUUCCAGCAGACGAAGCACGCGUUUCCGGGGCUGAAGGGGAUUCGGGCGCGCAAGCCGUGGAAUCUCAACCGUCCAACGAUCUCGAUCUCACGGCUGUCGGUUCGCGGGAGGAAGAUUGUGCGCACGGUUCGAAACGUGUUUGACCAGCCGUCGACGUACACUGUGAAGGUUCGGGUGCCAUCGGACGUGCAGGUUCGGGUGACGCCGAGCCAGUUUACGAUUGGUCCGGGGGAAGUGCAGCGGAUCACGAUGAUUCUAAAGGCGAAGAAGGUUGUGAGGUCGUUUCUGUUUGGGUCGCUUAGACUGGUGGAUGAGCAUGGACACACUGUUAAUAUGCCAAUUGCACUACGCACGCCAUCAGACCCGUACGGCCCGCCCCCUUCUGGUUGGCGGGGAGGGUGCACAGUAACAGACGACUUCCCUGAAACAGUGUGCAACGGCAAGCUGGUGGGGGCGCGCUACUUCGUGGCGGGGCUGCUGGCCAAUCAGGGCAGCGUUUCUGAGUCCCUGGAUUUCAUGUCGCCCCGGGAUGGCAAUGGGCAUGGCUCGUGGUGUGCGGGUGCGGCAGUGGGCAACGCGAACGUCAGCGUGGAGAUGCAUGGCCGCAGCUACGGGGCAGCGAGCGGAGUAGCGCCGCGGGCGCGAAUCGCCAUGUACAAGGCGCUCUGGCGCAUGGAGGACGGCGGGGCGGCCGGCAUGGACUCGGAUAUCCGGGCGGCAGUGGAUACUGCCGUGGCGGACGGCGUGGAUGUGCUGUCGCUGUCGCUGGGUGGCAGCAUUCCCAACUAUUUUGCAGACAUUGCCUACCUGAAUGCUGCCAAGGCCGGGGUGUUCGUGGCGAUGGCAGCUGGAAACUCCGGAGCACCUUCCUCUGUCAAGGCUGUUGGCACCAUAAGCAACGCAUCGCCGUGGUACCUCACCGUUGGCGCCAGCACUUCGACUGAAAGUUCUUUGGCCGGGACAGGGAGCCUUUCACCUGAAGCACCGGAGGAGGCAGGGAGGUCAGCACUAGUGCUAUCAGGGUGGAGCUUUGGAGGCACGCCCCUCACGACCGACCUGCCGGUGGUUGAUGCCAGGGAUGCUGCUGCGAAUGGUGCCAGUCUGUCGCUGGCCAGCCAGUGCCAUGCUCCCAGCAUCAACGCGUCUCUCACCCUCAACACCCUCCUCCUCUGCGCUCACUCCACUCGCCCUCUCACCGACGUGCUCCUGGACGCAUCCACCCUUCGCCCCGCCGCCCUGGUGCUGCUGGGGGCUACGGACACACCUCCCCGCCUGCCCUACACGCGCCUGCCUGUUAUUUACCUCAAGGCUUCUGAUGCCAUUGCUCUCAGGAGCUUCCUUGGCACAACCACCAGGUAUGCCUUUCCUGCUCUUCACCCCCGCCUGCCCUACACGCGCAUGCCUGUCAUCUAUCUCAAGGCUUCCGACGCUUCUGCUCUCAGAAGCUUCCUUGGCACAACCACCAGGUACGGCAAACCUCCCCUUUUGCUUUCCUCUCGUCCGCUCGCCGACGUGCUCCUACUGGACGCAUCCACCCUUCGCCCCGCUGCCCUCGUGCUGCUGGGAGCUACUGACACACCCCCCCGCCUGCCCUACACGCGCCUGUUUGUGAUUUUCCUCAAGGCUUCUGAUGCGGCUACUCUCAGAAGCUUCCUGGGAAGGACCAGCAGCCACCAGGCGUCCCUUUCUCAGCCCUACACAGCCUCCACCUCCCCAGCACCAGCCAUUGCCUCUUUCUCCUCCACAGGCCCCCCAGUCAACCCCACCACCCCCUCCUCCUCCCUCCCUCCCUACCUCCCAACCAACGACAUUCUCAAACCUGACAUUGUAGGCCCGGGGUACCAGCUCUGGGCGGCCUACCGAGGCUCCAGCGCAGGCUCGGGGGGAGCAGCUUCGGGCCCGCCUUCGUUCGGGCUGCUCUCGGGAACAUCCAUGUCUACACCACAGCUCGCGGGAAUCGCGGCGCUUAUAAUACAAAACAAACCCGAUUGGACGCCGGCGCAAAUAAUGUCAGCUAUAAUGACUACAGCGAGUAUAGAAAAUAACCAAGGAGGGGGGAUUAAGAAGCCGAAUGGGGGAGAUGCCACCUGGUGGGAUAUGGGAGCAGGGCAUGUGGAUGCUGCUAGAGUGCUGGAUCCAGGGUUGACUUUCAAUGCGGGGUAUGGUGAUUAUGUGAGCUUUCUGGCUGGUAGGAGCAUGGCAGAGACUGCACGUGCGCUGAAUGUUAUCCCGAACCAGUUUACGAUUGGUCCGGGGCAGUCGAAGAGGUUCGUGGUUUGGCUGCAGCCAAAUGCGGAGGCAGCUGAGGCUUGGGAGAGGUUCGGGUUUGGUUCGGUGAGGUGGGAGGAUGAGCAUGGGCAUGUGGUGAACAUUCCUUUAGUGACAUGGAUAAGUGCUUGA